UGGGCGACGAGGUGCAUUCCCGCCUUUAGCUGUAUCGCCGUCUUCAUUCUCCUCGUCCUGUCCUUCCUGAUCUCGCCCUUCGGCAAGGGUACACCGGGCAAGCACAAUGGCGAAGCUACCGUUCCACAGCUCAUCCUCAGCGGCUACACCGUCCUCCUCCACCUUCUGUCGAUAGCCUUCCCGGUGCGAGUAUGCUGGGCGAUGCGAGAUGUCUUGAAGAAGAUGAGAGAGGCGAUUGUAGACACCCCGAUCAGGUCAAGUGCAAGGUCUUUAAGCAUCAAGACGGAGAACAAGGAAGAAAUCGGACACCCAGUACCGUUGUUCAUCAUCAUCCUGCCGGCAUACAAGGAGGACAUGUCCACGCUCGAGGAGACGCUGAGGGUAUUGGGCGCGCACUCGCAAGCUCGAUCAAGCUACCAUCUAUACCUUGCCAUGGAACAGAAAGAGGAGAAUUCCGCAUCCAAGGCAAUGCAUUUGAUCAAGAUGUUCGACAAGUCUUUCGUUCGCAUGAGCUACACCGUCCAUCCCUCAAACAUUCCUGGCGAGGCACAGGGAAAGAGUAGUAAUGAGGCUUGGGCAGUCAAGCAGGCCAUGAAAGAUUACGCCGACGAUGCUGUGAAGCAAAAUACCAUCUUCACUGUCAUGGAUGCUGAUACUCACUUAUCCUCGCGUUACUUUACUCACAUCGCCAAGAUGCACGUUGGACAUGCCGAGACGAACGAGACAACCAUCUAUGUUCCGCCUUUGGUCUUCGAUCGCAACCUGCACCGUGUCCCACUUUUCGUGCGAACAGCCGAUAUGAUGUGGGCUGGAGCAGGCCUAUCCAGCCUGUACGCCGGAUCUACUGUCUGCAUUCCAACAUCAGUCUACUCCCUACCAAUGAUGCUGGUCGAGCACGUCGGGGGGUGGGACACCGGCCCUGGAGCAAUCGGAGAGGACAUGCAUAUGUAUCUGAAAUGCUUCUUCGCACUUUCUGGCAAUUUGAAUGUACAGAUUGUGUACGCUGCAGCGAGUCAGUGCAAUGUUACGGGAAGCUAUCAACAAGGCAUCCUAGGCUUUCUUACGGGUCUGCAAGCACGUUACAAGCAGGCUCUGCGACACAUGUGGGGUUCUCUGGACACUGGAUAUUCUAUUCGCGAGACAGUGAGCAUGGUACAAAGGCACAAGAAGGCAUGUCGAGGGCGAUCAAAGUUCCCCUUGAGCGCACCAAAGUACGUGUACACGCUUUACCACCGACUUUUCGAGGCUCAUUUCCUGCCAAUCCACCUUUGCACGAUCUUAGUCAUCUCAGGCAUCUACACCUUCGUAUGCCCCAGCUUCUUGAUUCCAACAGCUUUCAAGAUGGCCUUGGACUUUUCCAGCUUCUGUCGCCUGGUCGGAUUCAGCACUAUGCUGACGUUCUUCUACCUUUACGAUCGCUACCACAAGCUUUGUGUGGGCUUGCGAAAGGAAGAGAUGCGUCAGGCCGGCAUGUUGGAAUAUAUGGAGGACAACGAUGGCUUCACUCCGUCAAUCUUUCAGUUCGCCGGACUGUUUGAGGUCGCGACGUUUCCCAUCGGAGGCUUCAUUUUUGGGGCCAUUCCUGCGCUGCAGGCUGUUCUCAGCCAUCUGUUCACUGACCGCCUGACCUAUGUGGUCAGCCUGAAGCCA